UUAACACCAGGCAAGCACAGAGAGAGAGGGAGAGAGGGAGUCUAAAGCAAAAACAAAACUAAAAAGCCAGAUAGAGAGAGGGAGAGAGAGAAACCCACAUUUCCAGUACAAACCGAAACGAACCGUCUCCAUUUCAAAGCCUUCCAAGGUCAAAACUCAACCACCACCACCACCUUCCCUCCCUCCGUAAAAAACGACGCCGUUCCAAUCCCCCUCCUCCUCACCCAACUAUCUUAUGCUAUUGCUGAUCGCCUUAAGUCGGCGACCGUCGUCGGCGGUGGGGUCCACUCCUCCCACUCGCGGUAACUCUCCGGUGGCGGGUUGCAUUCCCCGGGCUCUUAUUGCCUGACUAUGAAGAAGAACCAGAACAACAAUAAUAGCAAGCUUGUUCAGACUAAUCAUCACCAUCAUAGCAAUACUAAUGGCUUCCUUCCUAAUUCUCUGAAAUUCAUUUCUUCUUGCAUUAAAACAGCCUCUUCCGGUGUCCGGUCAGCCGGCGCCUCCGUCGCCGCCUCCAUCUCCGCUGAUCCUCACGAUUGCCGCGACCAGGUGCUGUGGGCUUGCUUUGACAGAGUAGAGCUUGGUCCAUCUUCCUUCAAACAUGUUCUACUACUCGGUUAUUCCAAUGGCUUUCAAGUCUUGGAUGUUGAAGAUGCCUCUAAUGUCAAUGAACUUGCAUCGAGGCGUGAUGAUCCAGUUACAUUCUUACAGAUGCAACCCCUGCCUGCAAAGUGUGAGGGUCAGGAAGGAUUCAGAUCUUCACAUCCUUUACUCAUGGUUGUUGCUUGUGAUGAAUCAAAGAGCUCAGGUAUGAUGCAAACAGGGAGAGAGGGGUUGGUCAAUGGUCAUACUGAGCCUCAAACAGGAAACUCUCCUUUGUCUCCUACAGCUGUUCGGUUUUAUUCGCUAAGGUCUUGCAAUUAUGUUCAUGUUCUGAGAUUCCGUUCAACUGUGUAUAUGGUUAGAUGCAGUCCUCAAAUAGUAGCCAUUGGUCUUGCAUCACAAAUAUACUGCUUUGAUGCUGUCACUCUUGAGAACAAAUUCAGUGUCCUUACUUAUCCUGUCCCCCAGUUGGGAGUUCAAGGACUGGUUGGGGUCAAUAUUGGAUAUGGUCCCAUGGCUGUUGGUCCCAGGUGGUUGGCUUAUGCUUCCAACAACCCUCUGCUGUCAAACACAGGUCGCCUCAGUCCGCAAAGUCUUACUCCUCCAGGUGUUAGUCCAUCAACUUCACCAAGCAGUGGGAGUCUGAUGGCUCGAUAUGCAAUGGAAUCUAGUAAACAGUUAGCAACCGGUUUACUGAAUCUGGGAGACAUGGGUUACAAAACCUUGUCCAAGUACUAUCAAGAGUUUAUACCCGAUGGUUCCAGCUCUCCUGUGUCAUCAAAUUCUAGCUGGAAAGUUGGGAGGGUUGCAUCACAUUCAACAGAAACAGAUAUUGCUGGAAUGGUUGUUGUAAAAGACUUUCUUUCCAGAGCUGUUGUAUCACAAUUUAGGGCACAUACUAGUCCCAUUUCUGCUCUAUGUUUUGACCCAAGUGGGACUCUUCUUGUUACCGCCUCAAUACAUGGAAACAAUAUCAACAUUUUUCGAAUAAUGCCAUCCUGCUCGCAUAAUGGAUCAGGCACUCAAAGCUAUGACUGGACUUCUUCUCAUGUGCACCUUUACAAGCUACAUCGUGGCAUGACAUCUGCUGUGAUCCAAGACAUCUGUUUUAGUCAAUAUAGUCAAUGGAUUGCAAUUGUUUCAUCCAGGGGGACUUGCCAUAUUUUUGCUUUGUCCCCCUUUGGUGGUGACACAAUUCUUCAAAUUCAGAACUCUCAUGUUGAUGGGCCUACUCUUUCACCAGUUCCAUCUGCACCAUGGUGGUCUACUCCUUAUUUCAUGACAAAUCAGCAACCUUUUUCUCCACCACCGGCAGUUACCCUUUCUGUGGUUAGCAGAAUAAAGAAUAAUAACUCCGGGUGGCUCAACACAGUUAGUAAUGCUGCAUCUUCUGCAGCAGGAAAGGCUUCCAUUCCGUCUGGGGCUGUUGCCACUGUAUUCCAUAGUUCUUUACCUCAUGAUCUGCAAUCUUCUCACGCGAAGGUCACUGCUUUGGAGAACCUAUUGGUUUACACUCCUUCUGGUUAUGCAAUUCAAUAUAAACUACUUCCAUCAGUGGGGGGAGAGCCAGGUGAAGCUGCUUCAAGAACAGGGCCAGGUUCUUCAGUGCAGAUACAGGAUGAAGAUUUGCGAGUGAGAGUUGAGCCUCUUCAAUGGUGGGAUGUUUGCCGAAGAAAUGAUUGGCCUGAAAGAGAGGAAUGCAUUUCCGGGAUUAUGCUUGGGAAACAAGAAUAUGUGGAGACAGUCAUGGAUAGUUCUGAAUGUGAUGACAAUGAUAUUGGGGAUAAGGAGUUGGUAAAACCCCUUGAGCGAUCUCACUUGUAUCUCUCCAACGCUGAGGUUCAUAUCAAUUCUGGAAGGAUUCCAAUCUGGCAAAAGUCUAAGAUAUAUUUCUAUACAAUGAGUCCGUUGGGGGCUAGUGAGCUAAAUUUCACUAAGGAUCUUACUGGAGGAGAGAUGGAAAUAGAGAAGGUUCCUGUUCACGAGGUGGAAAUUAGGCGGAAGGAUUUGCUACCUGUUGUUCAUCCUUUUCAUAGAUUUCAGUCUGAAUGGAGUGGCAGGCGUGUAGUUGGAGGAUACUCAAGUUCAUCUUCUGAUUCUCAUGAAGCUAAAGAAAACUUUCAGGAUAAGGGUGGUAUUUCUGAUGACAAGGUGGCACCUACUGGCUCAGCUGAAAACCCAGAUGUUGGUGAUUCUUAUCCACCCAUUCACCAACCCGGGAGUGGACGUAAUGGCGAAAAAAGAGGGAGAUCUUUUUUGGUGUCACCUGACUCACCUCUACUGAACCAAAGCUCCACAAACAAAAAUAUUAUGUUAAUAUCUUCGAAACAACCUAUCUCAGGUGUUUCUCUUGUUGAGAAUAGUAAUUAUUCAAAUAGUCUAUCCACUUUAACGACCAGCUCCCUUUCAGCCGAUAGAACUUUUGCAAAAGAGGUUCAGUCGGUGAAUAGUGGUGGGGCCAGUGAAGGUUCCAAUAUAAGUUCUAACCGUUCUGAUCUGAGUAUGAACAUCCUCGAUGAGGGACCAGUACAAGAAUCGCUGGAUUUUGAGCAAUUUUUCCAUGAGGGCUAUUGUAAAGCAUCGCCUCUGAGCAACUUUCGUGAAUCAACUGAAGUUGUAACUGAUGUGGAUAGCAGCAGCCCCCGUGAUAGGGGGAAAUGCGAGGAAGUUGGUGACAGUGAUGAAAUGCUUGGUGGUAUAUUUGCCUUCUCAGAGGAAGGAUGAUGUACCUUUCAGUGCUCAAAUUCUAGCAAAGUAAUCAGACCUUUUCUUAUUUUUCAAAAGGUUAAAAAAAGAUUGGCCAAACCUCAGCCAAAUGCUGGUGUGGAAUUUAAUUGAUGAAGUUUCAGAAUUGAAGUUGUUUCUUUUCAACGAUGGAGAUGCUACUGACUUAAUCUUUGGUUCGUCAUGGUGCUGCUGCUGGGGCAAAUGCCUGGUACCUCCCCUUCUAAUUCUCAUGUAAAUGUUGUAAAUUGAGAUCCAUAAUAGAAAUGAUUUGUGUGGACAGGUUCUUUAUGUGAUGCGUAACAUUGUUCAUUCUUCAAACAAAAGGAAAAAAAAAAGAAUAAAGUGAAAAUCUAAAGAGAGAUUAUAACUGUA